AUGUCGCGCCUCUUCUUCGCCUGCCUGCUGGCUGUCUUCCCAGUGGUCUCCAUGAAGAGUCCCAUAUUCGGUCCUCAGGAGGUAAACAGUGUGGAAGGCAGCUCAGUGUCCAUCAAGUGCUACUACCCGGCCACCUCCGUCAACCGGCAUACCCGGAAGUACUGGUGCCGGCAGGGAGCCAGGGGCCGCUGCAUUACCCUCAUCUCCUCAGAGGGCUACAUCUCCAAGGACUAUGAGGGCAGAGCCAACCUCACCAACUUCCCAGAGAGCGGCACCUUUGUGAUGAACAUCAGCCAUCUCACUCGGAAUGACUCGGGGCUCUACAAGUGUGGUCUGGGCAUUAGCAGCCGAGGCCUGUCCUUUGAUGUGAGCCUGGAAGUCAGUCUAGCUCCUGGGCAGAUAAAUGGCGUCCACGUCUACACAGCAGACCUGGGCAGAACAGUGACCAUCAACUGCCCUUUCAGGGCUGUGAAUUCUGAGAAGAGGAAAUCUGUGUGCAAGAAGACAGGCCAGAGCUGCAUACUAGUCACCGACUCCACUGGGUAUGUGAGCCCCAGCUACAGCAACAGAGUACGUCUCACUAUUCAGGGUACCAGCCAAUUAGUGUUUAGCGUUGUCAUCAACCGAAUCCAGCUCAGCGAUGCUGGGAUGUACGUCUGCCAGGCUGGGGAUGAUGCCAGCGCCGACAAGAGCAAUGCUGACCUCCAAGUGCUGAAGCCCGAGCCUGAGCUGAUUUAUGGAGACCUGAGGGGCUCGGUCAACUUCGACUGUGACCUGGGCCCCGAGAUGGCAAAUGUGGCCAAAUUUCUGUGCCGGCAAAAGAAUGCGGAAGGUUGCAAUGUGAUCAUCAACACGCUGGGGGAGAAGGCUCAGGACUUUGAGGGCAGGAUCCUGUUCACUCCCAAGGGUAACGGUUUCUUCAGUGUGCUCAUCACAAGCCUGAGGAAAGAGGAUGCGGGGCUCUACCUGUGUGGAGCCCACCCUGAUGGUCAGCCUCAUGAAGGUUGGCCCACCCAGGCUUGGCAACUCUUUGUCAAUGAAGAGACCAUGAUUCCCCUAAGUCAGUCUGUGGUGAAAGGAGUGGUGGGAAGCUCCGUUGCCGUGUCCUGCGCCUACAACCCGAAGGAAACAGACAGCCUGAAGUACUGGUGUCGCUGGGAAAAUACUCAAGAUGGCCACUGCCCGCUGCUGGUGCAGAGCGAGGGGAUGGUCAAGGAGCAGUACGAGGGCAGGCUCGCACUGUACGAGGAGCCAGGCAAUGGCACCUACACCGUCAUCCUCAACCAGCUCACCACCCAGGACUCCGGCUUCUACUGGUGUUUGACCGACGGCGAUACUCGCUGGAGGUCCACGGUGGAGCUCAAGAUUGUGGAAGGAGAACCAAGCCUCAAGGUACCCAAGAAUGUCAGGGCUUGGCUGGGAGAGGCCCUCAAGAUCUCCUGCCACUUCCCCUGCAAAUACUACUCCUACGAGAAGUACUGGUGUAAGUGGAGCAACAGAGGCUGCAAGACCCUGCCCAGCCAGGUCGAAGGCCCCAGCCAGGGCUUUGUGAACUGCGACCAGAGGAGCCGGAUCGUCUCCCUGAGCCUGAACUCCGUCACCAGUGAGGAUGAAGGCUGGUACUGGUGCGGAGUGAAGGAGGGCCACCAAUACGGAGAGACCGUGGCUGUCUAUGUGGCGGUGGAGAAGAGGGUGAAGGGGUCCCAAGAUGCCAGUCGAGUGAAUGCUGCUCCUGGUGAGGAGGCGAUAGAGCCGAGGGCCAGGGAGACUGAGGGCAAAGUCAAUCCAGGUCCCAGCCUUUUUGCAGAGGAAAGAGCAGUGAAGGAUACUGGAGAUCCAGCUGGUGGGAGCGGAGCACCCGAAGGUCCCGGCAGCUCUGCAGGACAAGGUGGGAGCUCCAAAGCGGUGGUCUCCACCCUGGUGCCCCUGGCCCUGGUGCUGGCUGCAGGGGCCAUAGCGAUUGGGGUGCUCAGAGCCCGACACAGGAAGAAUGUCGACCGGAUUUCAAUCAGAAGCUACAGGACGGACAUUAGCAUGUCAGACUUUGAGAACUCCAGGGAUUUUGGAGCCCAUGACAACAUGGGAGCCUCUCCAGACACUCAGGAGACAACUCUUGGAGGAAAAGACGAGUUCGCCACCACUACCGAGGAUGCCGUGGAGAAGAAAGAACCCAAGAAGGCGAAAAGGUCAUCCAAAGAGGAAGCCGACAUGGCCUUCACUGCCUUCCUGAUCCAGACCAACAACAUGGCCGCCGCCGCCCAGGACGGCCCCAGAGAAGCCUAG